UUGUUUUGCUACUGCUGCAUCUAGCUGUGGAAUAACAGCUGUUUCUGGCUUCUAUCUUGUACGAGAAAAAAUAGCAGCAUCUUCAGUAGAACAUUUGUGCCAUGAUGAUUGCAUUUGAUUUCUUGCAGACUCAUUGAAGGCAUUACACUUUGCGUACACAAUAGUGAUGAAGCUGCUUGCAACCCAUGGUGAAGUGACUGAGGAAAUAAUACACAAGUUAAGCAGAGUGGGCCUUUCAGGAGAGGAGAAUAUGCAAGCCACGGAUCUUGUCUGGAAAGAAGUAGUAUGGAAAUAGAAAACAGUAUGAUACAGAUAGACUUUCCAAACUACAGCGUUGCCUUACUUGACAACUUCAACAAACAUCGAAUGGCAGGAAAAUUCUGUGACAUUUCCAUUCACACUCAAGGCCAAGUAUUCCAGGCACACAAGAGUGUUCUUGCUGCUUCUUCUCCUUAUUUUCAUGAUAAGCUCCUUCUGAAUGACACCAACUGCAUAGUAUUGCCACCCGUGAUUGAUCCUCAAGCUUUUGAAAAUAUCUUGCACUUAAUUUACACAGGAAAACUGAGCCUGCAGCGAGAAGAAAUCCCAAGUUAUCUGAUGGUAGCCAGUGGAUUACAAAUGUGGCAGGUGGUAGAUCGAUGCUCUGAAAUCCUGAAAGAGAGGGACAGUAGCCAGUCAAGACCACUGUCCAGCAGAGCCAGCGAAAAUCAGUCGCCCAGCAGUAGCAAUUAUUUUGCUUUCAAGGAGGAUGGGGAGCCUGGAAUGAAUGAUAACUCUGGCCACAGAAGAAUGGCUAUCAGAACAUCUAUCCAGUGCCAAGAUCAUGAUGUUAUCCGUGUCCGGGUGCCAAAUGAUGAUGAAGAUGAGCCAACUGAGAUUUGCAGUGGCUCCUUGGACAAAAAUGUUAGAAUAAUCAUUGAGGAAGAUGAUGAUGGAAAUAAUAUGGCCAGCUGCUCAUAUGCUAUUCCCUCAGAUGAUCGUGUGAUUUUAACCCAUCAAAACAUGAAGGCAGUCUACAUAAAACAGGAGAGGCUGGAAGAAGAGGCUGCCACAGUGGAGGCUUCUCGGACCCGUGAAACAAAUUUUAAGUCUCUGGACUCUCUACACAUGAAGACAGACCAAAGGUCACUUAGCAUUUCAGAUAUUCCAGCCUACUGCAAACCUCCCGAGUUCCAGGCAACAAAUGAAGUGGAUUACAUAAUUCCAAACCCACAAGGCGCUGAAACUAGGAUUGGUGAAGAUGGUCGUGUACUUACUAGCUCUGCUGGCUUCUCUCACACUGUGUCUCGCCCUGUGGAUCUGCAUGGAAAUGAAAUAGUAAGCCAUGCAAGCCAUGGCCAAGUGGUCCAUGCCCCAGUAAAGAUUGUUGCAGCACCUGAUGGCAAAAAAUUUGGCUGCCUCUGUGGGAAACGUUUUGCAGUGAAACCAAAACGUGACCGGCACAUCAUGUUGACUUUUAGUCUGAGGCCAUUUGGCUGCUCAGUCUGCACCAAAAAGUUCAAGUUGAAGCAUCAUUUGACAGAACAUAUGAAGACUCACGAAGGGAACUUGUAUGUGUGUGAGGAAUGUGGCAGAAAGUUCAGAGUGCAGAGCUGCUAUUUAAAACACAAAGAGCUUUGCCGUGGGCCAAGCUGGGCUGCCACUACCUGGAACUACAAGGGUAACAGACUUGGUGGUACUACAGAUAAUUUGAGAGACUCCAUCUGUAGUAAAGUUGAUGGAAGUCAAGAAGACAAAGGCACUGUAUGGACAACUGUAACAGGAAGUGCAUCAGGAGUUGGUGGGAGAAGUGGAGUGACUAUAUAGAUGGGGUACUUCCCCAUUUCAUUCACAAUUUUUUGUGCUGCAUAGCAUUCCUUAAACAUUUUUAUAUGCAGUAUCCUUGCUGUGCAGACACUGCAGAUGUAACUAUCCAGGGCUGUAAUGUGGAACAGAUUUGUUUUUCUACUGUAUCCAAGAGUAAAAUUAUAGAACACACACAAGUAACAUGCUGAUUGAUAUCUGUUGACCUCAGAUGCAUGAAACGCCCUUAAACACAUCCUUUGAUACAAGGUCCACUUGUAAUUAAAACAAUGAAUUUGCUAGAAACCUCAGGCCCUUGACAUGUUUCUUGCUGUUGCAUACAAGCAUUUUACAUAACAUUGCAGUAUGUAUCCCUCUGCUGAAUGCUCCCAGAUACUUAAACACAGUAAUGAUUCAUGAUGUCCAUGAAGAUACUGCCUGUGUCAGUACCAAGACUGUGCAGAGAGAGGUGUUCUAGAGGUACAAACACCACCCCUAUCUAAGUAAGGAUAUUUAAAACAUUGGUAUCUGCUGUUAUAGUACAGACACUGGAAGAAAAAUAAUAAGCACUUUGCUGGAGCAGUGACAGCAGUAUGUAGUACCAGAUUUUACUAUGGACUUUGCCAUUGAAGUCUGCCUUAAAUCUAAUAUUUUUAUGUUUUUACAGUUUAUUUAUAAAGUCCUUCCACUGUGAUUAUCUUACCUAAAUGGCAGUGGAAUUCUGCUUUUUUUCACAAAUUUGCAAACCACAGAUUACUAGAGAAUAAGAAGGUUAACAGACUUGAUGAAGUUUGCACAAGUAUCUAGUCUGCUGUUUUUAAUCCUCCUCUUUCAGUUGUGGUGAAAAUUAGCCUUCAUUUUCUCCAGUAGUGAGGGGACUCUGCAGUCUAAGUGUUAAUACCAGUUACUACAGUGAUUUCCUUUUGCAGCGUGUUGGUUUGAAGUGUAAUCCAGUGUUUUAAAAAUUGAGUGGAAAUAAACCUGUUCAUAUCCCACUUCAUUUAUUGCCUGUUAGUCUGACCUUGAGAAUGCAGAUUGACUCAGAAUUGCAUCAUACUCCCCUGGCAUUAAAAUGUGAUGCCACAGAAAAAAAAUACUAGAUUAGUAGUCUGCACUUUCGAGUCAAUAAAUUUUAUCUACUAUCACAUAAACAAGCUUGGGUAGCACUGAUUUUUAUUUUGCCAGCUUUUGAGUGUGGCAAGACAUAAAGAGGUAAUAAUUCUUGACGCACUUUACAAAGAUGCAUUUUUAUUUAAAUUAAGAUAAACAAGGCAAGUUUAAUCUGUGAGACCUGCCAAUUAAAGCUGCACUGUGACUA